CUUCCCUUUCCCCCCCCCCCCCGCGGCCAUGAAGCCGCUGGAGAAGUUGCUGAAGAAGCCGGUCCCGCACCUGCCCGGGCGCCCCCCCGCCCCGGCCCCGCGGCGCCACAGCCUCUCCCGGUGCCCCGAGGAGCCGCCGGGCCCCGCCGCGCCGCCCCCGGGGGGAGAGGGGCGUUGGUUGGAGCUGCGGCCCCCGGAGGCUCCGCUGCGCUCCCCGGAGGAGCCGUCACCGGCAGGAGGAGAGCGGGAGCCCCCGAGCCCGGAGCCGCCGCCCGGUCCCCGGUGCUGCUGCGGCUGCGCUCCCGCCGCCCCCGAGAGGCUCCUGGCGGCGCUGAUCGAGAGGCUGCCCGCGGGGGGGGCGCACGGAGCGGGGUGCCGAGCAGAAUCGCUGCUGGAUGACAUCGUGCUCACCCACUCACUUUUCCUGCCCACGGAACGCUUCCUGCAGCAGCUGCACCAGCACUUCGUGCUGGCGGCGGGCAGCCCCCCGCCACGCUGGGACGAGGGCGUCGGGCUGCGGCGCAAGCGGGCGGUGCUGGCGGUGCUGCUGCAUUUCCUCGACACCUACAAAGGGCUCCUGCAGGAGGAGGAGAGCGCGGGGAAGGUCAUCAAGGACCUCUAUCUGCUCAUCAUGAAGGACACGUCCCUCUACCAUGACUUGGAGGAUGAGAUCCUCAAGCUCCAUCAGCUCGUGGAGACCGUGGAGCUCAAGGUGACCGACGAGACGCCCCCACCGAACAAGCAGGUGAAGCCGCUCUUCAGGCAUUUCCGACGCAUCGACUCGUGCCUGCAGACGCGGGUGGCUUUCCGCGGCUCCGACGAGAUUUUCUGCCGUGUCUACAUGCCCGACCACUCGUACGUCACCAUCCGCAGCCGCCUCUCGGCUUCCGUGCAGGACAUCUUGGCUUCGGUCACCGAGAAGCUCCAGUACUCGGAGGAGCAAAGCGCCCGCGAGGAUGCCCUCAUCCUGGUCACCAUGGCCUCAUCCGGAGAGAAAGCGGUGCUGCAGCCCAGCGAGGAGUGUGUCUUCACCACCUUGGGCAUCAACAGCCACCUCUUCGCCUGCACCAAGGACACCUUCGACUCCCUGGUGCCGCUGCCGGAGGAGAUCCAGGUGGUGCCAGGGGACACGGAGAUCCAUCGCGCGGAGCCGGAGGACAUCGCCAACCACCUCACCGCCUUCCACUGGGAGCUCUUCCGCUGCAUCCACGAGCUGGAAUUCGUGGACUACGUGUUCCACGGGGAGCGCGGCCGGCGGGAGACGGCCAACCUGGAGCUGCUGCUGCAGCGCUGCAGUGAGGUGCAGCACUGGGUGGGCACUGAGCUGCUGCUCUGCGACUCGCUGGGCAAACGCUCCCACCUCCUCAAGAAGCUCAUCAAGAUCGCUGCCAUCUGCAAGCAGAACCAGGACAUGCUCUCCUUCUACGCCAUCGUCAUCGGGCUCAACAACGCUGCCAUCAGCCGCCUGCGCCUCACCUGGGAGAAGCUCCCAGGGAAAUUCAAGAAUUUGUUUCGGAAGUUUGAGAACCUGACGGACCCCUGCAGGAACCACAAGACCUACCGGGAGGUGCUGGCCAAGAUGAAACCCCCCCUCAUCCCCUUUGUGCCGCUCAUCCUCAAAGAUCUGACCUUCCUGCACGAAGGCAGCAAAACCCUCCUGGAUGGGUUGGUCAACGUGGAGAAGCUGCAUGGCAUCGCUGAGAAAGUGAGGACCAUUCGGAAGUACCGGAGCCGCCCGCUCUGUCUGGAGCUGGACGCGUCCCCGACGCAGCUGCAGACCAAAGCCUACGUACGGCAGCUCCGCGUCAUCGACAACCAGAACCUUCUCUUCGAACUCUCCUACAAGCUGGAACCCGGCAACCAGUGAGGGGACCCCCCCAAACCCUAAAGGAAAGGGGGGACACCCCCAUCCCGGGCAUCCACGCGACAAGGGGGCGCGGACCCCCCAGCACUGACGCACUUUGGCCAGGGGGAGGGGGGCAGGGGGGUGGAUUUGGGGACCCUGGGUGCACCCCCCCCCUUCUUGGGACCCCCCCCUGUCCCCUCCCCUGGCUUGGGGGGGGCUGGG